CUCAAAAAUUCAAAAUGGUGUCCAAGCGAAAACCGUAAACUAUGAAUGCUGUCUGUAAAAGAAGGUCAAGAAAACCGUUUAAACCAGCACUUGAUGUUGAUACCUGUGCUCUUUGUCUUGGAUCCCAAAGAGAUGAAGAAAAAUAUGGAAAGUUUUUUCAGAGUGAGAAAGAACAACUUGCUGCYCACCAAUUCUGUUUGUUCUUUGCCUCUGGUUUGGCCCAAAAUGGCGAGGACGAGGAAGGAUUUGAUGGCUUUCUGUUUGAUGAUAUUAGAGUCGAGGUUUCAAGGGCAAGUAAAUUGAUGUGUACUCUAUGUAAGAAAAAAGGUGCCAGCAUUGGCUGCAGCGUCUUGAAAUGUAAAGCUGCCUUUCAUUUUUGUUGUGGCCUGGAACGGUUGGCUCUUUUCCAGUAUUUUGGAUCCUUUUGUGCUUUUUGCCGUUACCAUCGUCCAUCGCAGAAUGUCAAGAGUACUAGUCAGUUGUGUCCUAUUUGUUUGUGUGAUAUUGAUAACAUUGAUAGAAUCAACAGUAUUAGUUCACCUUGCUGUAAGAACUCACUCUUCCAUAGGACUUGCUUACAGAAACAAGCACUUUCCAGUGGUUUGCACUUCUUUAGAUGRGCAUUAUGCAACAACUUGGAAAUGUUUCAGCAGGAGAUGAAUAGAAUGGGGAUCUARAUCCCUGAAAGAGARGCAGCCUGGGAACAAGGUGAUGCUUAUGCAGACUUACUACAGUCUUACAACAAAUGUGACAGCUCCACUUGUUUGUGUCCUAAUGGAAGAGAUUUUACAGGAGAUCAUGAAGGAAAGAAAUGGGAAAUAUGUCUUUGCCAUACCUGUGGCCAAAGUGGAACUCACUUACAGUGUAAAGGAUGGGCUCGACCACUUCCAAGAUGGCUAUGUAAUGACUGUGAGAUUAUCUCGUUGAAUAAUAGCCUGGAAAGUAGAACWUCCUUAGAAGCGAGUCCUAAACUAGUGAUUGAUAAUAAAGAACCUCUUAGCACCAYUGAAGUAGAGGAAGCUGUCAGAACCAAUGAACAAGCGCUAAUGUUCACAUCUCGUAUUGAGUCGCCUGUGUUUGUAGAAAGCUCAUCAGAGACAUCAAGUAUUGUUGAGUCUCUUGYUUCRUCCUCUGUUCAAAGUCAUAAUUUAGUGGAUUUAGUUGCUGAUCCRUGUGAAAACUCYCGUUUYAUGACCCUGACUUCUUCYWCCUCUGUUCCUGGGAAUGAUUCUGAUAAAAUCUCUGAAGCUUCGAGUGGUGCUCUCCCUGAUGAUAGSUCAAAUUGUCACUUAGUUGAAAAUUCUUGUGACAUUUUAAGGUUUGUCGCUCCUGUAUGCUCUUCUGACUCGUUGGUACAAGAAAAAGAUGAAACAUCCUCGUUAGAAUCGGAAUCCACCAUCAUGUUAGAAGACUCAAUUAAUUCUACAGUCUACAGCACGGAUGAGAUGAGUGAUCACUUCCAGGAGGAGGAAGCAACUUUUGGAUCCUUGUCAGAAAGAAAUAAUGCUGCUCUACUCUCUAAGAAGAGGAGAUUUCUUCCUUGUUAUAAAAAACGCUCUUUAAGACAAAAUAUUCGMGAGAGAAAACAGAAGAAAUGCAAGAAUCAAAGAAGCAAACUUAGUCCUAAUUCUAAACAAAAUGGUUUGAGUUCUACAGAGAAGGAUAAAGAGAGUUCUUCAAUGCCUUUAUUGGCAAAGGAAUGUCUUCAAUCUCUUSAAAUUAGCCASAUGCAUGAUCUUGCCAAAGACCAUGAAUCUGAGAAAAAUGCAUCAAUGUCUUGUAGUGAGCAAGUAACUCCUGGUAAUGAUUAUAGAACUGAUAGCUCUUGCAGAAUGGAAAUUAAAAAGAAAACAAAGAAAAACACUUCAAAAUCUAUCAGCGAGAAAGCCAAGGUGACUGUUAAUGACAGUGUCAAUGGUAGUAGUGGAGAAGAAUGUGGCGGUAGGGAAAUUAAGUUCACAACAUCAACGAACCAAACCUCCAAUCAUUGUAGUAAAAGCAAAUAUAGAAGAAAGCAAAGAAAGCAAAGAAAGCGUCCUAUAAAAUCAAGUACAGUACAAGAUACCACAUGUAUUAUCCCAGAACAAUCAAUAAAGGCAAACUCGUCAUGGGUAACCAUGGACAAGCUUCUGUGUGAUAGUGAAGAUACUUUUAAUCAAACAGAAUCAAAAGAGCAUCAGAAAGAAGACACUUUUACACUUAUCAAUGAUAGUCAUGCUAUGACUGCUAAUGGGACAGAAUCCACAGAGAAUCAAAAUAUAAGUAUUUCAAAAUCUACACGAAAACUAGAUGUAUUUUGUAUGGAUAACAUUUCCAACGGUGACGAUAAUUUGACAAAAAUUACUCCCAAACCUAGAACAGGAAAAGAAGCAAUUACAAGUUGGCAAGAUCCUUCACAACACGGACUUAAUGGAUCCUUUUCUCUUUCUUUAGAUGUGAGUGCAGACUCAGAGACUUUAGGUUCUUGUGUUAAACCUGGAACAUCAAGUACUUAUUGUAAUGUAAGCAUUACAUCUGAUAGAAAAGAUGAAGCAUCACAAUGUCUUACACCAACAAAGUCAUCACAAAAAUCAKCAAUUUCAAGUAGUCCAUUCCUAUCAAACUAUAAUCCUGACGGRAAAAYUGUUUCCCCUUGCUUUACACCAUCAAAGUCACCAAAAAAGUCACCAAGUUCAAGAAGCCCAUGUAUUAAAAGUCGUAAAAGCUUAUCAGGCCAGCUGGACUUGUAUGGUAUGUUAACAUCUCAAAGGAGAAAGAAAAGAAAGUUGAGUCCUGAAUUGAAAAAGRUCUCAACAGAAYGUAAAAGUCCAAAGAAGUUARCCAAACGUCUCAAAAGACGGAAAGUCGACACUUCUUGUCAUCGAUCCAUAACAUCGUACAUGAGUGUCAGUCCUAAGAAAAAAACAGUAAAAGCAGAGAAAUCACCACUUCAGUCAUGCAUUGAAGRAGCAUCGCAGUUAUUUAGCAGCACUUUAAGCAGAUUGAGUGGCCUUUACCAGAAGAAUGAUAGUGAGGACGACUUUGUUGGAAAUUCAAGUUCUAAAUCAUUAAAUACUUCUGUACUGACUGACUCAGAUACUGACAGCACGUCAAGUGUGAAGGUAGUGAAAGUUGUAAAGAAGAAAGGUUGUUCWGAGGGUGACACUGACAAGACCKAGCAUGCGCUUUAUUCUAGUGAUGAUUUAAGCCUUACUAUAGUUCUUGAUGAUGAUAGUGAUGGUCAGGACAGUGGAAAGGGAGGUAGCCGUGACAACAGCGAUGGGGCAAUUAGCUGUACAAGUUUUUCUGAUUGCAAAGGCAGCAAUGAAGAACUAAACGAGUCAUGCAGAGUAGAGGUCGACAGCACUGAUGAAGGAAUUUUCUUYGGUUCAGAUGAUUCUAAAGAAAUCAGCAGCAAUCUUGUUGCAAGACAUGAUGAUGACAGAACAACCAACCAGUCAUCACAGAUGAUGGAGAAGGGAGACUGCCAAGAAAUGGCAGCAAAGCUAUCAAAACAAAGUCUUAAUAAAGCAAAACAACUCACUAGCUCCCCAAAAAUGCGCAAAAGAAAAAUACUAAGAAAGAACAAGUCAUCAAUCAUWACACCAAAUGAGUCAUCCAUUUUGGAUCAAACAAGUUCAAAYACACACUGUCUAUCAUCACAAAAUGUUAAUUCAGACACUCAAUCUUCAAUUCCCCUAAAAAGAAAACUCAACAAUAUCGAAAGGUGUUCAUCUUCAAGUGUUGUUGAAGAAAGUAGCUCUGAUGAAAGUGUAGCUCCACUGAGAAAAAGGCACAGGACGUUAUCUCUGUCCAAGACAGCCAAGGCCAAUCUGUACAAUGAAUGUAGCGAUGAGGAUUUCCAGUGCAAGAAAAGYCGUUCAUCAUUUAAACUGAUUAUAUGUCAAAAUAAACAGAGAAGAACAAAGAAGAAACUUGAUGAAAGUUUCCUUACUAUAGAUUUAUCCUCACAGGAGAUUUAACACAAUAUCUAGCAAGAAGUUCAUGUUUUGUACAUAAAAUUAUGGAUACAUUAUUACAAUAGAUUUCAAGUUUUGAAUAAUUUUAUUUUGAGUGAAGACAUAAAACCUGGGAGAAACUAUUAAAGAUUAGGACAUCAUAGAAAAUUAGGCUACAUCUUCAAAAUGCUGACCCCACCCCACACAGUUUUCAAAUAUAUCAAAGUGGCCUUAGAAAUUAUUGGAUAUCGUUGAUAUUCUAAGUACUCAUAGGUCAUUUUUGAUAAUAUUUGAAAUAAGACAAAUUAGAUCAAAAUGUUUUGCAAAUUAAUGUACCAUCAUAUCUAUUUACAUGUAUAUUUGCAUAACAGUUACUUCCUAAUAGUCUCCUUCACGGUUACCUGCGCCAUUUUGAAAGGUAGCCGUACGUUGAGCAUACAAUGAUAGAUACCUGUGAAUAAUUGUCUGUAGAUGUGAGAGAAGGUUUCUAUCAUUGCAUGCUCAGCAGUCGUCUCGCUUCGAUGUGAAAGCAUGGCCACCUUUCYAGAUGGCGCAGGGAACUGUGAAGAAGACUAUUGUCAACCAGUGUUAUAGCAGUCACUUAAUUCAUUAUUUUUGUUUAUUCAGGCAAAUUACUCCUGACAAAUUAAAUUAUGUGUUUCCAAGGUUUAAUGUCUCGCUCAAUUUAAGUGAACAUUUUAUGGAGCUUUAAUAUCUCAAACAAUAUUUUUUAUGUAAAUUUCAUUAAGAUCUAUAUCAUUGAGAAUCUAUAUAAUAUAGCAAUGCAUCCAUUAAUAAAUCUCUGGUACUAGCCAAGCAUGAUACCCAGGACUGAAUUAUUGUUGUUUUUGCAAAGUUGUUGCAAGCUUGCAACAGAAAAAUUUGCAUUAAGACUUCAAAGUUUGUUUACUUACUUUUAGAUAUUUUCUUCUCUUCUGUCAUUUAAUCACUGAGCUUGUGUUAUGAGAGGACUUGGGAUGGCUGCAUGGAGAUUGCGAAGGAUGAAAAUAUAGGAAUUGGCCCUCCCUAGUCCUCUUAGGGCCACUAUGCAGGCUACAGCUGUGUGACGUAUGCUAACGGAUAACUUUUGAGUCACAAAGUAAGAAUUUCUGUGGUAAGGUUUAAUAAUAUUUGGAGUUUUUCUAUCACUCAAUCUUUCCUCAUAAAUUCUUCUUACGUAGAGUAAUAGCUGGAAAAAGCCCAAAAAACAAACAAAAAAAGCAAAGGAAAACUAAAGGCGGCUAAAUACGAGAUACAAAAACCAUCAACUUGGCGCGAAACAUUGUUUCUGUUCAAGUUGAGCUCCUAUGUUUCACAUUUUUCACAAUGUAUUUUUGUUGCAUGACAAGUUGACGAUGCAUGAAAAACGAUAAACUUCAAUGGUCAACUUGAACAGAAACAAUGUUGCGCGCCAAGUUGAUGGUUUUUGUAUCUCGUAUUUAGCUGCCUUGAAGGAAGUCUAUGAUAGCCUGUGUCACAUCUAUGUGACGCAGGCUAGUCUAUGACUGCAUGUGGUGGUAUUCCAGAUAAAGCAGGGAUUCUGGCAUUAUGUGCUAAAAUAAGUCGAAAU